AUGAAGAUGUUUAAAUUCCUUUGUCUUCUGUUCUUGUUACAAACAAGUCAAUCAAGAUGCCCAGAUCUCUGCGAUUGCCAGCAGAAGGCUGUCGUCAAUGUAGAAUGCAGAGAGCGUGAUCUAGACGACAUUCCACAGGACCUCCCGUGCGAAAUUGGUUUGCUUGACUUGCGUAGAAACUUCAUUACUGCCCUGAGGAAAGAAUCAUUUUCAUGCCAAAAUGAGUUGGUUGUGCUUCUCCUGACCCACAACCAGCUUUGCUUCAUAGAGGAGGAAGUCUUUGAUGAUGCAGAAGAUCUGGUGUACAUUGACCUCGGCUCAAACCUCCUGAAGCGUUUACCAUACCUUGGUACUUUACCUUUCAUUCAAGAGAUAUCCAUCAUCCGGAAUUCUUUGACGGAUUGGAAUCAUCAAACACUCGGCAACAUAUCCGGACCACACCUUUCAUCCCUUCACCUUGCAUUCAACAAACUCAAGAAUCUACCGGAAUUACCAUUUAAAAUAUCUGCUCUAGAUCUAAAGGGAAAUGCAAUCACUGACCUGUCUAAACCAGUGUUUUUACAUCCGAAAACUGUAUUAAGUCUGGACAUUUCCUUCAACAAUGUUGAGUACCUGCACAGACUGCAAACAAUGGAGAACCUUAAGACACUCUCUCUUGCAUUCAACCAAAUAAGAGAAAUUACAACCACUGUCUUCAUUCACCUACCUUCGAUUGAAACAAUCAACCUUCAAGGAAACAACAUUGUAGAUGUGUCUGCCAUCCAUGAUAUUCCACACCUUUGCCAAGACUUCAAGAUCUAG